AUGGAAAAAUGCUUGACUUCCUUUGUCGGCAUAGCAACAACUACUUCUCGUAAGAUGGACUCACUCAGUAAAAGACUUAUCCCAUUAACAGCAAAUUUACCGGAGAGCUCCUCACGCCACUCCGCGUGGAAAGAGGUGAACCCAUUCCGUCUAAAAGAUCCAAAGUUGAGUAAUUUUCGGAUUAAGACCAUAGUAUCAAAAUCUCUGAAGGGGUCGGAGAUCUGGAAGUCGGCAUUGAGGUGGGCUGGGAGAGCCUGGCCAGGUGGCGGCGGUCUCCGGCUGCGGCACGGUGGUGGAGUUGACGGACGCCGCGUGACGUGGCACCAAACCCGGUGGUCACGCCCUAGAUUUCCUGUUCCGGCCCUCACGGCGUCCGCCAACUUCACCACCGAGCCGCAGCCGGAGACCGCUGCCACCUGGCCAGACUCUCCCCGCCCACCUCACUGCCGACUUCCAGAUCUCCCACCCCGUUCAGAGAUUUUGGUUGUGGAUCUCUACCUUGUGGCAUUUAAGCACAUCGAAUUAUCAAGGUGGAAUCAGCUCCAUGUGGGACCCGAUGACAAAUUGCCAUUCAAGAAGGACGGGAAUGAAGUCAAGUUCUACGGCAAUUACCAAUCUAUGUUAACGGCGACGGGAUAUGUUGUCGAAGUAAUACUUGUGACACAGCAGCAGCCGUGCGAACAUCGGGAUAAAGAGAAUGGGUGGAUUGAUGAAAAUGCCUUCAAAACUAUAUGUAGAAAAAGAUUCUCAUCUGGAGAGGCUGAGAUGAAGGCCGAUGAACUUUAUUCCUUAUGGCAAGAGAAGAUGAAGAAUGCUGAGUGGCACCCGUUCCGUGUGGUCGAGGAUGAGAAGGGGAAUGCCAAGGUUCAUCUAAACGCCUUUCCGUUGAAACUAGGCAUAACCUAUUUCAUUUCAUGUAUUGUAGAGGGAGAUCAAGGAGGAGGACGAGGAGUUGUGUGGGCUUCGGGAAGAGUGGGGCGAAGAGAUAUACGAGGCUGUGACCACGGCCCUGAUGGAGAUGCAAGAGUGCAACCUGAGCGUCUUGAGCUAUGGAACUUCAAGGAGAACCGCAAGGCCACGCUCAAGGAGGUCAUCAACUACAUCUACAAUCAGAUCAAAACCCGCAAGCGCAGGACUUGA